UCUACCAAACUAGUAUUACUAGUGUAUGGGGAAUGAACCUUUUACAAAUAGAGAUAUAAACCAUGAUUUUUAAUUUUUAGGACUAAUGUAGAAGUUAUAAAAUUAUGCAAAUGUGCUACAUUAUUAUUUUUAUUGAUUGUGUAAUUUUUAAUUAACAUAAUAUAGAAGUUUUGGAAGUUUAUUCGAACAAAUGACAAAUUAGUUUUUAUGAAAACCAUUCAUCAAGAACUAGAUGAUUAUGAUUUUUCAGGUUUCUAAAUGUCAAUUUUGUGAGAGAUAAAUAAUGAGUUCUAAAAACAUGAAAAAACGAAAAGCAAAUCCAAUAUCUGAUAAUGAGACUCCUGAGGUGUUAGUAUUACCACCAAAAGCUUUAUUGGAUAAAUUUGGUAUUUCUCUUGGAGACAUAGGCAAUUUUCUGGAUGUUCAGAAAUCAUAUUCCGAUGGUGGACCAUCAAACCAUGUAGUUAAAUUAUAUGGAAAUAGUGUCACCUCAAAUACAUCAUUGGUUGCACCAAAUUUAAAUUUAAAUGACAGUUCUAUUAUGAAAACUGCAAGUUUAAUGAAAAAGUCACUAUUUUUAAGCCCAACCUUCUCAAAUUCAAAUUCAAUAGAUUCUCUAGUUGAAGAUGUACCAUCAAUUGCUUCAUCUAAUUUGGAGAUAAACAGCUCUGACCAUCGAAAUAAGAAUGUGUUAAAAAUUUCUACACCUCAAUUAGAUUCAGAAUUACUUUCUGCAAAUAAAAGUAAUGCUAAAAAUCAAGACCCAAAACCAUUGCAACAUAAUAAUGUAAAAAAUGAAAUUCAUACAAAAUUCAUGAAAAAUACAAACCACAGUGUAAGGGAAAUAUCACCAAAUGGAAUUGAUCUUGACAAGUCCAACAAUUUGACUAUUAUUGAUUUAGAGGUUGCAAGUUUUGUACCAGUUCCAAAUGAAUCUCUGACAAUAAAUAAUAGGACACUUAAUUUUACUAAUGGGCAAGAUAAUGUACAGGUUGAAUCUUUAAAGAAAGAUGAAGAAAAUGUAAAAAGUAAUGUAAAUUUAGAAGAUAAUGAGAUUUCCACUCAAGAAACUUUAUUGACUACUGAACAUCAUAGAAAAUGUCCUCAAAGACUUGAUAUAACAGAAACAUUUUUUUGUAAUAAUGAAACAAGUCCUCAGGAUAAAAAAAUAAUUGAAGAUAGUGAAAAAGGUAUUUUAAAAAGUCAAUUUACUCCAAUAGCAGAUUCCCAUCAAAAGAAUGAAAUAGUUAUUAAUAUAGACAAACAAAAAUGCAGUGUUGGACAAAUUUUACCCAUUAAUGAUUCUGUAACUAAAGUAGCAAUGGUUCUAAAAGAGUAUUUACAAAAUAACAAAAAUGUGACUGUUGAGCAUACUUUACAAUGUACAUCUCAUAUUCAAGGUGUAGAAAAGCCUGGAGGAGACAAGGAAUAUAAUUUUUUAAAACUUAAAAGAGAAAAAAGUCCUAAAUUUUAUACUAUUAAAGCUAGAAAAACAGUCCAUAAAGAAAUUGUUACAGAGAUUGUUGAAGAAAUUAUAACAGAUUGUAACAUAAAUCUCACAGAUGAAGACGAAGUGAAUGAAGUAAAGAUUUUUUGUGUUUGUUCCGAUUUUGGUUCCUUUAACUACUAUGAUGAAGAACUAGAACAUAUACAUUUCUGGGAACAAAAGAGUAGUAAAUGUUCGUUGGAUGUUAUUUUUGGUAUUUAUUGUGACGAUGAUACUAAUAGUAUAAAUAAUCAAAAUUUAUAUAAAGAAUGUGUAAAUGAUAAGAGUGAGUGUGAUUACAUUUGUGUAAAUGAAGAAAUAGAAUUCAAAUCAAAUGAUAUUGAUGAGAGCCAAAAUAUAUUGGAACCAACUUUGAUUGAAAUUGAAGUGCCUAUUUAUUACGAUAGUCAAAUGACAAAAGAAAUUAACAAUACAGUUAACUAUACUUCAGACGAAAACAAGAAUUGUGAAUUACAAGUUAAUAUAUCUUCGAAAAUGCAAGAUAUGGCUGAGAUUGUAUCGCCAGAGGCCACCCGAAAACAGAAAAAAAGAAAAACUGAGCGAGAUGGUUCCGAAGGUAGUCCAAAAAUCAAAAAGGCAAGAAAUGCUGUUGUGCAUCAAGAAACUGUUUCUAAUAAUGGUUCUGAAAAACCAAGUCGUGAUGCAGAUAGCUUGCCUAAAAUUAUUAUGGAAGUGCCUCGUAAAAGAGAAAAAGCAGAUGUUACAUGUGCCGUAUGUCACCAAAAUAUCGCCGAGUCUAAUUGGUAUGAACAUGUCGCAAGAAAACAUAGUUACUUGGCAUGGAAGGAAGGCGACGUACCUUUGGAUGUCGCAAGUGCACAACAAGUUAAGGAUCAUCUAUCAAAAAUGUUGCUUGAAUUUAAGGUUUUGGUUUGUGGUAAAUGUGGAUUAGAACGAACUGAUAUUAGUAAAUAUUUGAGCCAUGUGAACAGCUGUGAUGGAGAAUCGGCCCCUUCAGAGGAGUUGGAUACUGUGAAGAUCUUAGAAGUUGUAAAGUGUGCUCAGUGUCAAAUGGAGGUCACUCAGUGGUACAAUCAUAUUGGCUCUGUGCACAACUAUCUCGCUUAUAAAGAAGGAGACACACCGGUGGAUUUCACUGACGAAGACGAAGUCCGCCGACACUUGGCGGCGAUUGCUAGGGAAUAUAAUGGAUUGAAGUGUCCAAAGUGUGGCUGUCGACGGCAGUUUGUAAAGGCGUAUUUGAGUCAUGUGAAAAAAUGUGAAGUUCAGUCGGAGCCUGGUUUUGAUAACUCAUUAAGCUCUGUAAAGUGUGGAGUCUGUCAAGAGGAGAUUUUAGAAGAUGCGUGGAUACAGCAUAUUGAGCAGGAGCACAAUUAUUUGGCGUGGGAAGUAGGCGAAACUCCUUUAGAUCUCAACGACCCAGAAGCCGUACACAAUCAUCUGUAUAAAAUAUCGAAGCAAAUAGACAGUCUGGUUUGCACGAAGUGUGGAGUCAAACGGAAAUACGUUAAAGGGUACCAAACACAUUUCAAUCAGUGCACUUCAGUUACUGGCUAUACACCUGACAUAAAACGAUAUAGUUAUAUACAAAAAAAGAGAGAACGUGUUAUUCCAAGUUUUGAUGAGUCAAGCACAGUCUCGUGUGGUGUGUGUGGUUUGGUGAAAAGUGAAAGUCAAUGGCCGAAACAUAUUGAACAAGAGCACCAAUAUUUGGCAUGGAAAUUUGGCGAGUCGCCUAUAGACUUAAAUAAUACAAGAGCGAUCUCGACGCAUUUAAAUAGUAUUUCAAAAUAUUAUCCCGACGGAUUCCUUUGUACUAAAUGCGGCAAGCGAAGGAAAUGCGUCAGAAUAUUUAUGAGACAUAUAGAAUCGUGUCAGGAAAAAUCAUUAGGAGCCAACAAUUCCGUUCUGAAUGAAAGUGACUUGGAUACGAGCGUAUCCAAUAGUGUGGAGGAUAGUAUCAUAGAAGAAAAUAAUGUGACGUGCGGUGUGUGUAAGAAAGUGAUAGCAGAAAAGCUUUGGUUCCAACACAUUGGCGACGAACAUUAUUAUUUAGCUUGGAAAGAUACUGAAGAGCCAUUGGAUCUAACUGAUACAAUGGGAGUACGAGAUUAUCUGUAUAAUAUUUCACAGAAACAUGGACAGCUCACCUGUAAGAAAUGUGGUAUUAAACGUAAAUAUGCUAAAUCAUUUCUAGCCCAUAUUGGACACUGUGAUUCCAGAGUAAAUGUGGGCCAUAUGUCAGAUACAAGUAUGAGCACGAGUUUUCAAGAAGACACGAGUCCUGACGCAAUAAUUAAAUGCGGUGUGUGUCAGAAAGAGAUGGAGAAUAGAAAGUGGGAGUCUCACAUUCGCAUACACUAUUAUAUAGCGUGGAAAGAAGGUUGCAAGCCGUUAGAUACGAACGACGAGCAAGCAGUUUAUGCGUAUCUAUAUGAUUUGUCUAAACUGUAUGGCGGGUUAACCUGUCCCAAAUGUAACAUUAAGAAGAAAUACGUGAAAGCCUACAGAGUACACGUAGCGUCAUGUCAAGUAGAUUUAGACGUCGAGUCUGUUUUCAAGAAUCAGGAAAGUCGAGACACGUACGAGUGUGCAAUAUGUCACGAAACGGGUCCGGUGAAUAAAUUCAAAUCUCACGCGAUGAAGGAACACUAUAAUGUAGCUUGGAUGGUUGGAGAUAUUCCAAUUGACGUGAGAACUACGUCAUCAGUUGAAAAAUAUUUGAAAGAGUACCAGAAGAGUCAUAGCUCGUUAGUUUGUAAUAAAUGUGGAUUGACAAGAGCGUCCAUCGCCGGCUUCUUUGCUCAUGUCGUACAGUGCGAGCGUACGGAAGAAGAAAUGGAAAUGUACAAAAGCGUAUGUGAAAUCUGCAAUACUAAGUAUCUGGGUGUGUACAAAUACACACACAUGGCGAUACAUCGUAUGGAGGAGGCCAAAAAGAAGUUGGCAGAUAAAGUUCCGGUAGUCGCCGAAGACCUUGAUGUAACCGGAAAACGGCGUGCGGCUCAGAAAGCAAUAAAUGACAUCAGGAACAUCUCCGAUGUAACGGGAAAAGACAACGAUGAAGACGUAGAAGAUGAGGGUGAGUACAAAUGCCCUGAAGACUCUUCUAGCAGUGAAUCAGAGGAGUCCGGAGUUUCUGAGACCGAAGAUCAACCAGAAACAGAUGUGGAUCAGGAUCUUUCGGAUACAGAGAGUAGGAUUAGGAAUAGGAAAUCUACAUCUACUUUUUCAACAACGAACGACGACAGAAUUCCAUUUUAUGUUAAAGAUCCAUUUGCGUACAUAGCGAAAAGUUAUAAGGACUUUACCAACACACAUUUAACUUCAAAUACUUUAUUCCCGCAAUGGUUAAGCUGUGAAUACGAGUCAGUACCGGAGAUAGAUUUGCCCAAAUAUAUGCCGCCCUUGACCGAGUCCUGUAAAGUUCAAGUCUGUUCAAAAAAUAUUUCGACGUAUAAAGUGUUCGAAGCGAAGGCUGAUAAAGGUGUCAGUAUGUUCGUGGGAGCCACUAUUAAUAAUAUUUCGUGGGUGCCUUGUAAUGAGCAGGCUCACCCGUACUUAGCUGUCAAUUGUUACAACGGGACUGACGCGCCGCGGAUUGACGCAACAGAGCUGAUAGCGCACUCCGGCCUAAUUCAAAUAUGGGAUUUUAAGGAUAUGCAAAAGUUGCCAUCAUUCGUGUUUGGUCUAGCCCACGAUUUUGGGACAGUUUGGGGAAUGGACUGGUGUCCUUCAGGGGCCUGUGAGCUUUUGCCUGAAAACCCAGACAACACAUUCGUAAGGCUCGGUCUUCUGGCAGUCGCUUGUUCUAACGGAGGAGCCUAUAUUUUCUCAGUACCGCAUCCAUCUAUUGUUAAUACUGACAACUUGGUGUAUAAAUUAAAACCAGUGGCUGAGUUGAGGUUGUUCCGAGAUAUGAGUAAAAAUGCCCAAGCCACAGCGGUUACUUGGUCCAUGCAAAAGGGACACUCAUGUAUAAUAGUCGGGUAUUCGAAUGGUAUGACAGCGAUGUAUGAUUUGGAAUGCGAUUCCCCCUUGUUAUCGUGUGAGGAAGAUGGUGUUCGAGUAUUUUAUCCAUUCCACGACGAACGAUCUCAUAACGUGUGCGUAACGGACGUAAAAGCGUUCGUCUCCGGUUCGAAUAUACGCGGAAGUGUGAGUGCGUCCUCUUGCGGUGUGACGGCGUCCAUUGCUUCGGGGCGCCAACACAUAUCACUAACAGCUGAAAGCCUCUUGGUCACACCGCAUUGGCCGUCCACAAUACUCGCGGGAAACGCUGGCAUUGUAACCCAUGCAGUGAACGAGGUAGAAUGGUGGGGUCACGGGCGUCGUCUAGGCUCUAUGAGCACGGCGUGUGGGUGUAUUGUCUGUGGACGUGUCGCUGCCUAUUUCCCGCCUUUUGUCAAAACCAUGUUCUUGCAUCCACUGUACAAUGAUAAGAGAGAUAUUCAAGUUAAGGCGAAGAUAGAUAUAAUGUCCCUAGAAGAGGAAUCAGAAAGUUCUAAAGGCCAACUGGAGCCAGAGAGUUACGAAGAGGUUAUCAAAAUGCAUGGAAUAAAAUUAGAAUUGGCAACGAACUUAAAAAAGCAUGAAAAAAGCCAGAAUAUAACCAAGCCGAAGCAACGUAACGCGGAGCGGUAUCCUCUAGCAGAAGUCACCUCCGUUUCCUUCUGUACCGUCCCCAAACAUCACAAACGUUUGGCUAUAGCAACGCAUAGCGGAAUUAUCUUCGUUAUUAACACGUAACAUACUAAGGCAGUGUUGGCCUAGUGGUUACAGUGUGCGGCUCUCAUCCCUGAGGUCGUAGGUUCGAACCCUUGCUGUGUACCAAUGGACCUUCUAUGUGCAUUUAACACUUGCUCGAGUGAAGAUUCGUGAGUAAAUCGGCAUGCCUUAGAACUAAAAAGUCGACGGCGUGUGUUCGUGACGGCUGAUCACCUACUUGCCUAUAUCACAAAACAGAUAUAAAAGUCUGAGGCUUAGACCUAAAAGGUUGGCGCCACUGGGUUUUUU